GGGGGAAGGGAAAAGGGAGGAGGAGGAGGUUGCGGCGGGUUUGAAAGCGGCAGUUUCCUGGCAGCUUGGGCAGGCGUUGGUCUCCGCGCUACAGCUCCGCAGCGGGCACGAUCGAUCCCGCGACGGGUCUACGCGCGCUUCUGCGCGCCCCCGACGGAUUUUUCCCGUUCCCGGCUCUUCCCCCUUCACCUCACCGCCCCCCCGCCUCAGCCUUUCCCGCCGCUCGGGCGCUGCGCCCGGGGACCAGCCGGCGGCAGUGACCCCGCCCGAAGCCCCUUUUGGAACCGCCUGGGGACAAUUCCCUUUUCCUUUCUUCAGCCUAACCUGCGCUGGCCCUCGCGGAGUCUGGUCAGCCCCGGGGAGCGCAGCUGGGAGGGGCGUCCAAGAGGCGUCUCGGAGCCUUUACUAGUCUGGGAGCGGCCGGGCCCCCAGCGGGCUGUGGUCACCGGGUGGGGGCCGGAGCGGCGAGGCCCCCCUGACCCGGCUGCGCGGGCCGCCCAGGGCCCCCGGGCUGAGACGGGGCCGGAGCGGCGCCCCGGCCGCCCGCGCGGGGUCUCCCCCAUGGUGCAGCGGGGUUCGGGAUGUCGAAGACGCUGAAGAAGAAGAAGCACUGGCUCAGCAAGGUGCAGGAGUGCGCCGUGUCCUGGGCCGGGCCCCCGGGCGACUUCGGCGCGGAGAUCCGCGGUGGCGCGGAGCGUGGCGAGUUCCCCUACCUGGGGCGGCUCCGCGAGGAGCCCGGCGGGGGCACCUGCUGCGUCGUCUCCGGCAAGGCGCCCAGCCCAGGCGAUGUGCUGCUGGAGGUAAACGGGACGCCUGUCAGCGGGCUCACCAACCGGGACACCCUGGCUGUCAUCCGCCACUUCCGCGAGCCCAUCCGUCUCAAGACUGUGAAACCAGGCAAAGUCAUUAAUAAAGAUUUGCGGCAUUACCUAAGUCUUCAGUUUCAAAAAGGAUCAAUUGACCACAAACUGCAGCAAGUGAUCAGAGAUAAUCUCUACUUGAGAACCAUUCCAUGCACUACAAGGGCCCCCAGGGAUGGGGAAGUACCAGGAGUGGAUUAUAAUUUCAUUUCCGUUGAACAGUUCAAAGCACUGGAAGAGAGUGGAGCAUUGUUAGAAAGUGGAACGUAUGAUGGAAACUUCUAUGGAACUCCCAAGCCUCCAGCAGAACCCAGCCCUUUUCAGCCAGAUCCAGUUGAUCAAGUCCUCUUUGAUAAUGAGUUUGAUGCAGAAUCUCAAAGAAAACGAACUACAUCUGUCAGCAAGAUGGAAAGAAUGGAUAGCUCUCUUCCUGAAGAGGAAGAAGAUGAGGACAAGGAAGCUAUUAAUGGCAGUGGAAACGCAGAAAACAGAGAGAGGCAUUCUGAGUCAUCUGACUGGAUGAAGACUGUUCCAAGUUACAACCAAACAAAUAGCUCCAUGGACUUUAGAAAUUAUAUGAUGAGAGAUGAGACUCUGGAACCACUGCCCAAAAACUGGGAAAUGGCCUACACUGACACAGGGAUGAUCUACUUCAUUGACCACAAUACCAAGACAACCACCUGGUUGGAUCCGCGUCUUUGUAAGAAAGCCAAAGCCCCUGAAGACUGUGAAGAUGGAGAGCUUCCUUAUGGCUGGGAGAAAAUAGAGGACCCUCAGUAUGGGACAUACUAUGUUGAUCACCUUAACCAGAAAACCCAGUUUGAAAAUCCAGUGGAGGAAGCGAAAAGGAAAAAGCAGUUAGGACAGGCUGAAAUUGGGUCUUCAAAACCAGAUAUGGAAAAAUCACACUUCACAAGAGAUCCAUCCCAACUUAAAGGUGUCCUUGUUCGAGCAUCACUGAAAAAAAGCACAAUGGGAUUUGGUUUUACCAUUAUUGGCGGAGAUAGACCUGAUGAGUUCCUACAAGUGAAAAAUGUGCUGAAAGAUGGUCCUGCAGCUCAGGAUGGGAAAAUUGCACCAGGUGAUGUUAUUGUAGACAUCAAUGGCAACUGUGUCCUCGGUCAUACUCAUGCAGAUGUUGUCCAGAUGUUUCAAUUGGUACCUGUCAAUCAGUAUGUAAACCUCACUUUAUGUCGUGGUUAUCCACUUCCUGAUGACAGUGAAGAUCCUGUCGUGGAUAUUGUUGCUGCUACCCCUGUCAUCAAUGGACAGUCAUUAACCAAGGGAGAGACUUGCAUGAAUCCUCAGGAUUUUAAGCCAGGAACAAUGGUUCUGGAGCAGAAUGGAAAAUCGGGACACACUUUGACUGGUGAUGGUCUCAAUGGACCAUCAGAUACAAGUGAGCAGAGAGUAUCCAUGGCAUCGUCAGGCAGCUCCCAGCCUGAACUAGUGACUAUCCCUUUGAUUAAGGGCCCUAAAGGGUUUGGGUUUGCAAUUGCCGACAGCCCUACUGGACAGAAGGUGAAAAUGAUACUGGAUAGUCAGUGGUGUCAAGGCCUUCAGAAAGGAGAUAUAAUUAAGGAAAUUUACCAUCAAAAUGUGCAGAAUUUAACACAUCUCCAAGUGGUAGAGGUGCUAAAGCAGUUUCCAGUAGGUGCCGAUGUACCAUUGCUUAUCUUAAGAGGAGGUCCUCCUUCACCAACCAAAACUACCAAAAUGAAAACAGAUAAAAAGGAAAAUUCAGGAAGUUUGGAGGCCAUAAAUGAGCCUAUUCCUCAGCCUAUGCCUUUUCCACCCAGCAUUAUCAGGUCAGGAUCCCCAAAAUUGGAUCCUUCUGAGGUCUACCUGAAAUCUAAGACUUUAUAUGAAGAUAAACCACCAAAUACCAAAGAUUUGGAUGUUUUUCUUCGAAAACAAGAGUCAGGGUUUGGCUUCAGGGUGCUAGGAGGAGAUGGACCUGACCAGUCUAUAUAUAUCGGGGCUAUUAUUCCCCUGGGAGCAGCUGAGAAAGAUGGUCGGCUCCGUGCAGCUGAUGAACUAAUGUGCAUUGAUGGAAUUCCUGUUAAAGGGAAAUCACACAAACAAGUCUUGGACCUCAUGACGACUGCUGCUCGAAAUGGCCAUGUGUUACUAACUGUCAGACGAAAGAUCUUCUAUGGAGAAAAACAACCUGAGGACGACAGCUCUCAGGCCUUCAUUUCAACACAGAAUGGAUCUCCCCGCCUGAACCGGGCAGAGGUCCCAGCCAGGCCUGCACCCCAGGAGCCCUAUGAUGUUGUCUUGCAACGAAAAGAAAAUGAAGGAUUUGGCUUUGUCAUCCUCACCUCCAAAAACAAACCACCUCCAGGAGUUAUUCCUCAUAAAAUUGGUCGAGUCAUAGAAGGAAGUCCAGCUGACCGCUGUGGAAAACUGAAAGUUGGAGAUCAUAUCUCUGCAGUGAAUGGGCAGUCCAUUGUUGAACUGUCUCAUGAUAACAUUGUUCAGCUGAUCAAAGAUGCUGGUGUCACCGUCACACUAACGGUCAUUGCUGAAGAAGAGCAUCAUGGUCCACCAUCAGGAACAAACUCAGCCAGGCAAAGCCCAGCCCUGCAGCACAGGCCCGUGGGACAGUCACAGGCCAACCACAUACCUGGGGACAGAAGUGGCCUAGAAGGUGAGAUUGGAAAAGAUGUCUGCACUUCCUACAGACAUUCUUGGUCAGACCACAAGCACCUUGCACAGCCUGACCCCGCAGUGAUUCCAGUUGUAGGCAGUCGGCACAAUCAGAGCCUUGGUUGUUACCCAGUAGAGCUGGAGAGAGGCCCCCGGGGCUUUGGAUUCAGCCUCCGAGGGGGGAAGGAGUACAACAUGGGGCUGUUCAUCCUUCGUCUUGCUGAAGAUGGUCCUGCCAUCAAAGAUGGCAGAAUUCAUGUUGGUGACCAGAUUGUUGAAAUCAAUGGGGAACCUACACAAGGAAUCACACAUACUCGAGCAAUUGAGCUCAUUCAGGCUGGCGGAAAUAAAGUUCUUCUUCUUUUGAGGCCAGGAACUGGCUUGAUACCUGACCAUGGUGAUUGGGAUAUUAAUAAUCCUUCAUCGUCAAAUGUGAUUUAUGAUGAACAGUCACCAUUACCCCCAUCUUCACAUUCUGCUUCCAUAUUUGAAGAGUCUCACAUGCCAGUAAUUGAAGAAUCUUUAAUGAGAGUUCAGAUAUGUGAAAAGGCAGAAGAAUUAAAGGACAUUGUACCUGAAAAGAAAAGCACUUUAAAUGAAAAUCAACCUGAGAUAAAGCACCAGUCUCUUCUCCAGAAAAAUGUGAGUAAGAGGGAUCCACCCAGCAGUCAUGGGCACAGUAACAAGAAAACUCUAUUAAAAGUAGAAAAUGGUGUUACACGAAGAGGUAGAUCGGUUAGUCCCAAAAAGCCAGCCAGUCAACAUUCAGAGGAACAUUUGGAUAAGAUUUCUAGUCCUCUAAAAAAUGACCCCAAAAGAAGACCCAGAGAUCGAUCCCUCAGCCCCAGCAAAGGGGAAAAUAAAAGUUGCCAGGUCAGCACCAAGGCAGGUUCUGGACAAGAUCAGUGCAGAAAAAGCAGAGGUCGGUCUGCCAGUCCAAAAAAGCAGCAAAAAAUUGAAGGAAGCAAAGCUCCAUCAAAUGCUGAGGCCAAAUUGUUAGAGGGUAAGAGUCGAAGAAUAGCAGGCCACACAGGCAGUAAUGCUGAGCAGAUCCUAGAUGGGAAGGAAAAAUCAGACGUCAUCAGGAAAGAUGCAAAGCAGAAUCAGGUGGAAAAAAGCAGAACAAGGUCUCCAGAGAAAAAAAGCAAAAGAAUGGUUGAGAAAUCUCUUCCAUCCAAAAAGACUAAUAAGACUACAAGUAAAGAAGUAUCUGAAAAUGAAAAAGGAAAGAAAGUAACCACAGGAGAAACAAGUUCUAGUAAUGAUAAAAUAGCAGAAAAUAUCCAGCUAUCAGAAAAGAGGCUGAAGCAAGAACCUGAAGAGAAGGUAGUUUCAAACAAAACAGAAGAUCACAAAGGGAAAGAACUAGAGGCAGCUGACAAAAACAGAGAAACUGGAAGGUUCAAACCUGAAAGUAGUUCUCCAGUUAAGAAAACACCGAUAACUCCAGGGCCCUGGAAGGUGCCAAGUGGAAAUAAAGUCACAGGCACUAUUGGUAUGGCUGAGAAACGGCAGUAACCGUUAGUAUAAAACAAAAACAAGUUGUAAUCUUUUCUUACAGCAGCAUUUUUCCAGAAAAAGCCUUUUUUUUUCAGAUAUUCUGAAACAGAUAAGUACAUGUUAAUGUGAGCAUCAAGUUACCUAGGCUGCAUGAAGGGCCUUUAGGAUUGCUAAGAACCAACUGUCCCCCUGGCCGGCUGCCCUCCCUCGCACUCAGGAAGGAGCUGCAUCCACACGCUCAUCUGACCCGCCCUGCUCAGGCUGCCCAGCUCAUCUUCACGAGUGUCUGAACAAAUGACAUAUGUUGAUAUUAACAGUGUGGUCACAACUCACUUUGUAUUUGUGCCAAGUUAUCUACUGUAUCAUGUCUGUUUUUAUCCUUCUUGUUCAGCUAUUUCCACAGUAAUGAAAAAGUUAGGUUUGGCUUGGAAGUUGAUGUUCUCAAUAGCAUGUUGCAUGUUUACAGAGAGAAAUAUGUGAGUCCUUGCAGAAGACGAGACUGUUAACUCAUCGUUAAAGAUGGCAGUUGUCGUCUAACAGCUACUGAUGAUGUCCCACUUUAAAAAUAAAACCCCCAAACAUCACUACUUUAAGGAAAAAAAUGUAGUCCAAUACUGAUGCUUUCUUACAGCUUUUUAUUUUAAUUUGGCUGGAUAAGUUGUUUCAAAUAACUGUUAAAAGAUAUUACUUACAAUUGAAUGUUCAAAAUGAGAAAGUACUUUAAGCAAUAGAGUUCAUCUCUUGCUGUGUUAUCCAACCUCGAUGUAUACUUACAGCAUCUCAGGUCACGCUUUUUAUUUCACUUAUUUAAUUAUGAAAUCAUAAAGAAGCAUGUGGAAAUAGUGUUUAUUGCUCUUUGAAGAAAAACCGCCAACUAUUUCUGGAUAUUUUGGCUGUACCUACUACUAAAGUCAUUAGUCUUUAAUACAUAAUACAUAUUUGAAAAGUAAAAUUAUUAUAUAGAUUAUGUGAGGGACUUAAUCAUGAAACCAGUUUCACAGUCCAGGUACCAACUCUUCUGGUAGCAGGUGCACAAGCUUGGGUGUUUAGAAACAACCUGUGUAGGGUAUGCUGCCCAGCAAGUGAGGACAAAUGUGUAGACAGUACUUACUGGAUCUUAUUUAACUUUUGGCUACAUUAACUUUCUUAUUUAAAAACAAGAAAGGGAGACUAAACAUCUGCUUAGCUUGUACACAUUUUCAGAAUUCUGUUUAAAAGUCUAGUUAAAGGUGUUUCUUAGAAGUUGGAGACUGUUAACUGCCAUAAAAUAGAUCCAGGUUUUUCAGUUCCCUGAAGCAGCAUUCAGUAGCAUCUAUAUAAAUAAAGGCACCUUCGGAGAAUAGAACUAUUCCAUGGAGUGUGUGAACACACUUGUUACGUCACCUGGGUUCAUCCUGUUGUGAAGCACAUUACGUCCAGGUCCUUCCCUCUGGGAGUCUGACUGUGAAACUCUUUAACCCAACAACUGUAUUAGCCCCUGUAGAUAAGACAUGCUUCCCAGAGUGAGAUUUUUGAAAUCCCCUUUUCAUCCAGAACUAUAUUUACCCACCUAUUGUAACUAUUCAAAUAGAGCAAAAUUAGGAGGCUUGAUAAAUGCUAAGAAUUUAGUACCACAGAAAUUAUUUAUUUCCCUGUAGUCCACAAUUAGUGAUAACAAAUCCUAUUUUUGUUAACUGUGACAUAACUUUGAUGUCAUAUGUUGUCCUAUGUGGUUCUUCCUUUCUAAGUAACCUCUGUCCUGAUUAUAUACUGACUUAGCAAUGUGGCCUUGGAAUGCUGAGCAAAAUGUGGAUGUACUGGUUGUAAAUGUUUAUAUAUUGUACAGUACCUUUAUAUAUACACUUGAGGUUCUGAUUAGAGAAAGAUCUGUAAAUUGCUCGUUAUUUUUUAUAUAGAUAUU